AUGGGACAAAAAAUAAAUCCGCUCGGUUUCCGACUUGGUACAACACAAAGUCAUCAUUCUCUUUGGUUUGCACAGCCAAAAAAUUAUUCUGAAGGUCUACAAGAAGAUCAAAAAAUAAGAGACUGUAUUAAAAAUUAUGUACAAAAAAAUAGGAGAAUAUCCUCCGGUGUUGAGGGAAUUGCACGGAUAGAGAUUCAAAAAAGAAUCGAUCUAAUUCAGGUCAUAAUCUAUAUAGGAUUUCCAAAAUUAUUAAUUGAAAAUCGACCGAGAAGAAUCGAAGAAUUACAACUGAAUGUACAAAAAGAACUUAAUUGUGUGAAUCGAAAACUAAACAUUGCUAUUACAAGAAUUUCAAAUCCCUAUGGACACCCUAAUAUUCUUGCAGAAUUUAUAGCGGCACAAUUACAGAAUAGAGUUUCUUUUCGCAAAGCAAUGAAAAAAGCUAUUGAAUUAACGGAACAGGCGGAUCCAAAAGGAAUUCAAGUACAAAUUGCAGGGCGUAUCGACGGAAAAGAAAUUGCACGCGUCGAAUGGAUCAGAGAAGGUAGGGUUCCUCUACAAACCAUUGGAGCUAAAAUUGAUUAUUGUUCCUAUACAGUUCGAACUAUAUACGGGGUAUUAGGAAUCAAGAUUUGGAUAUUUGUAGCCGCAGAAUAA